CCCGGACGCCAGCGAGGGAAACACAGCGGCCGCGCGCUCAUUGGCUGCAGGACCGGAAGUGGGUGCGUCAGGCGGAAGUGCUCCUCCGCGCGGUCCGGCGGCCGGGGCUCGCAGAAGGAUUAGAAUGGCUUCCAGAGGAAAGACAGAGACCAGCAAAUUGAAGCAGAAUUUAGAAGAGCAGCUGGACAGACUCGUGCAGCAGUUACAAGAUCUGGAGGAGUGCAGGGAGGAACUUGACACGGAUGAAUAUGAAGAGACCAAAAAGGAAACGCUGGAGCAGCUGAGUGAAUUUAAUGAUUCACUGAAGAAAAUCAUGUCUGGAAAUAUGACUUUGGUGGACGAGCUCAGCGGAAUGCGGCUGGCUAUUCAGGCGGCCAUCAGCCAAGCCUUUAAAACCCCAGAGGUCAUCAGAUUGUUCGCAAAGAAGCAACCUGGUCAGCUUCGGACAAGGUUAGCAGAGAUGGACAGAGAUCUGAUGGUGGGCAAGCUGGGGAGAGAGCUGUACACUCAGCAGAAAGUGGAGAUCCUCACAGCCCUCCGCAAGCUUGGAGAGAAGCUGACUGCAGAUGACAAGGCCUUCCUGUCCGCCAAUGCCGGUGCUGUCCUCAGCCAGUUUGAGAAAGUCUCUUCUGACCUUGGCUCUGGAGACAAGGUCCUUGCUCUGGCAAGUUGUGAGGUUGAAAAAGCAAAAAAGUGACAUGAUUUGGCACCUGGUGACGUCGAUUACAUUCUUACUGCAGAUGGUGGGUUUCUUCUGAGGAUUCUGAAUUGUUGCAAUGAAGUAGAGAUUCCUAACAUGGAUGUACACCCUCAGAACGGGUGACA